UCGAAAAAUGGCGACUCUUUCGCCGCGCGGUCUCCCUGUCGUCGAGACCCAGUCCUGUAGUGGCUCUUGUGAUACACCUUUUUCUUCCUCCAUGGAGUGGGACACUCAGGUGGUGGAAGGGUUCUCCCCUCUCGGGUCUUCCGGGUCUGAGGUGAAGGCGUCACCUGUCGACCUGCGGCUGCCUGCGUGGUUGAAGCCGGAGAGAUGUGCGGUGUUUCAUUGCGCGAGUUGCUACGCGGUGCUCGGCGACACUGUGCACCUCGCCUGGGACCUAUCGAAGUUCCUCGGCGCCCUGGCCUUUUCCAGAGUCACAAACAACGUCGUUUUGUUAGAGCCCCUUUUGGUUGGCAUAGAAGGUUCUCUCAAAUCCAGCACAUACAACCUUUUAUUCUGUAACUCCUGUGGGACUCCUGUUGGUUUCCAUUUAUAUUCUACCCGUGCUGCUCUGGCUGCCUUGAGAGGCCAUUUCUGCCUUUCUUGUGAUAAAAUGCUGUGCUAUCUGUUAAAAACAAAGGCCAUAGUAAAUACAUCUGAGAUGGAUAUUUACAAUGUACCUUUACCAGAAAAGAUUGCAGAGCUGAAAGAGAAGAUAAUGCUGAUGCAUUCUCGUUUAAACUCACUGCUGAGGGUUCUGAAGGAAAAGACUCCUCCUCAGUCUGACCAGGAAAAUAGAACAAGCAACAAGCAAGGAAACAACACAAUCUUGGGGUUCAUAGAAUGAUCAAAGAUCCUGCAGCACGUGACUCUAUUACUUUAAAUUUAUUUUACUAUGUUGAUUCCAUAAUGCUUAUUUCUGAAAAUGUAUUUCACUACUAAUAACUAAUUAGCAUGCAGUGUCCCUUGUGUCCACUGACGAACAGAAUGAACAGAUGGCCUGGAUAAAGAAAUGGAGUUAAUAGAGAUGGUACUUCUACGUGCCAGUUAUAUGAAUACUUAUAAAUACUUGUUUAUUUGUUUUGAAACAAGGUCUCUCUCUAUAGCUUUGGCUGUCCUGGAACUUUCUAUGUAGACCAGGGUAGCCUUAAAGUUAUACAGAUCUACAUUCCUCUGCUUCCUCUGCUAGAAUUAAAGAAGAAUGUCACCAAGACAUCAUUUUUGUUUAUGUAAAAUAGAUAUGUACAUUGGAUGGUGGCGGUGCAUGCUUUUAACCCCAACACUCUGGAGGCAGAAGUAGGCGAUCUUUCAAUUCAAGGCCAGCCUGAUCUACAGAGUGAGUUCUAGGACAGCUAGGCCUACAUAGAGAAACCCUGUCUGGAACAAAACAACAAAUAUAUAUGUAAUAAGUAACAGUUAAGAAAUAGAAUGCAUGCACAAUAAACAAUUUGUAUCUUUUUGCUGUUGUUUUUAGGUAGGGUCUCAUUUGUAAUCCCCACUUUGAAAGGUUAUGUGGACCAGGCUGGCCUUGCACAGAGAUCUACCUGUCUUUGCCUCCUAGAUUUUGAGAUUAAAGAUGUGCACCACACUCCUGUUUGGCCUGCAGAAGCUGUCAGAUCCCUCCCCUGGAACUGGAAUUAUCGGCAGUUAAGGGUAUUGGAAACUGAACCCUAGGUCUCUGAAAUAGCAGUAAGUGUACUUACCUGCUGAGCCAUCUCUCCAGCCUCACAGACCGGGACUUAAUAAAUUCAUAAUACGGGGUUGGGGAUUUGGCUCAGUGGCAGAGCGCUUGCCUAGGAAGCGCAAGGCCCUGGGUUCGGUCCCCAGCUCCGAAAAAAAGAACCAAAAAAAUAAAUAAAUAAAUUCAUAAUACAUUGAAUAAUUCUUGAGACAGGAUCUUUCUCUGUAGCCUAGACUGGCCUCCAAUGUAGCAAUUCUACCUCAGCUUCCUGAGUGCUUAGUGGCCUACCAUGCUCGACUGUGGAUUUUUAAAACACAUAUGUAACUUAACAUUAACAUACUUUAUCAAAGUUUAAAAACUUACGUCAUCGUGUGUAUGUUACUAGGGCCUCAUACACAGUAUGUUAAGGCUCUUCUACUUAGCUACAUCUCUCAUCUAAUAACUUUUUCUUAACUUCCGGAUUUGCCGUUUUAGAUGGGACUUUCUAUAGAAAAUUAAGUUGUUGAGCUUGAGGCAGAUUAAGGUGGACAGUAGGUUUGUGUUAAGAUAUUUAUGUGUGUGUCCAGUAAAUAUUUUGUGGCAAACAUUUCCUUUAAAAAUAAAAUAUUAGUACAUGUCGAAGUCAGAGGACAACGAGCAGACGUCAGUUAUGUCCUGCACUUUGAGUCCAGAGGAUUGAACUAAGAUUGUCAGGCUGGUAGCUCAGCCCCUUUAAUUGCUCAAGUAGCUUGCUGUCUCUUCCUUUUUUAUUUCUAAAUUAGGUAUUUCUUUUUCUUUUAAAUUAACAUUUAUGUGUGGCUCACACGGUCUCAGAGGCUUAGUUCCCUGAGGAGAUGGUCAAUGGGGCAGAAAGACAUUUUCUUCUGUCAAGGUAAACAGCCCUAAAGAAGCUUACUGGGUCACACACAUACGAAAGAAAUGAAAGCAAAGGGGAGCUAUGGGAAAAGUAACUUUUUGGAAUAGGAUGGGGGAGGGGAUGUGAAUAUGAUCCAAGUAUAGUGUAUAUAUAUGUAUAUGAAAAGAACAUAAAACCCAGUGUAUAUAUAUGCUAAUAAAAACUUUAAAAGAUACAUUUCUUUCA